GUAACAUCACUCAAGACCAUCCCAGAACUGUGCCGGAGAUGUGAUUCACAGAAUGAAGACAGAUCAGUUUCUAGUUCUAGUUGGAACUGUGGAGUUUCAACUCUUAUUGCAAAUGCACAAAAGCCAACAGGAAUCGCAGAUGUAUACAGUAAGUUUCGCCCUGUGAAGAGAGUUUCCCCCCUGAAACACCAUCCAGAGACCCUUGAGAACAAUGAAAGUGAUGACCAAAAGAAUGAGAAGGUGGAAUACCAGAAAGGGGGAGCUUUUGAUCAACCACCUCCAACUGAAGAACUGUGCCCUGGAGAUGGAGAGACCCUUAAAAGUAAAAGCCUUGAGCCUAGUGUUUUAUUGGGAGAGCUGGAGCAUUAUGACCUUGAUAUGGAUGAGAUUCUGGAUGUGCCCUACAUUAAAUCAAGCCAACAGCUUGCUUCUUUUACCAAGGCAGCUACAGAAAAGAGGAUUUUGGGUAUAUGUUCAACAGUCAAUGGCCUCUCUGGCAAGAGCAGCUCCACAGGAAAUGCUGAGAGCUUGACAGCUAGCAUGACACCCUUUUGUGUCUUGUCCCCAGUAAAAAGCUCUCACUUGAGAAAAGCUCACUCUCUCGUUCUUGAUCAGCACAAGCAUUCUACUGAAGAUUCAGAGCUUUCCCCAUCUCUGGUUACGUGCAACUCAGUCCAUGAACCUGAAACCCAGAGCAAGGGCUUCCUUAACAAGGCAUUUGCUGACCCCACCAUGCUCAAAGUUGAGAACAUCAUGCCCAGUAGCAGCCAGAUCAGGACUUUACACCUGCAGUCCUCAGCCACAGAACCCAAACUGGAUGAGCAGAAUAGCCAUGGGAACUGGAACUCAGGAAGCCCAGAAGAAAGGAGUGAGGAUAUGAAAAAAAUUAAAAGCAUCUUGAAUAUUGUUAAAGAAGGACAAAUAUCUCUCUUGCCACACCUCGCUGCAGACAACCUGGAUAAAAUCCAUGAUGAAAGCGGGAACAAUCUGUUGCACAUUGCAGCCUCCCAGGGACACGCAGAAUGUUUGCAACACCUUACUUCUUUAAUGGGAGAAGACUGCCUGAAUGAGAGAAACAAUGACAAACUAACGCCUGCUGGCCUAGCAAUAAAGAAUGGCCAGCUUGAGUGUGUACGAUGGAUGGUGAGCGAAACCGAAGCUAUUGCAGAAUUAAGUUGUUCAAAGGAUUUCCCAAGUCUCAUUCACUAUGCAGGCUGCUAUGGUCAGGAAAAAAUCCUUCUCUGGCUUCUUCAGUUUAUGCAAGAACAAGGGAUCUCUUUGGAUGAAGUUGACCAAGAUGGUAACAGUGCAGUUCAUGUAACAUCACAGCAUGGGUACCUAGGAUGUAUACAGACUUUGGUUGAAUAUGGAGCAAAUGUCACGAUGCAGAAUCAUGCAGGAGAGAAACCCUCCCAAAGUGCUGAGCGGCAUGGGCAUACCAUGUGUUCCCGUUACCUAGUGGUGGUAGAGACGUGCAUGUCUCUAGCGUCUCAGGUUGUAAAGUUAACCAAGCAACUGAAGGAGCAGACAAUGGAGCGUGUGACACUGCAGAACCAACUCCAACAGCUCUUAGAAGCACAGAGAUCAGAGGGCAAGUCCCUCCUUUCUUCCCCCAGUUCACCAUCUUCACCAGCUUCUGGAAAAUCCCAGUGGAAGUCAAAUGAUGCAGAUGAAUUGUGUAUAACAAAAAAUAAAUCAAACACCCAAGAUGGGAUUCAGGUUCUUGGAAGCAUAUCAGCCUCCAGCCGUACCAAAUUCAGGGCAAAAGAUGAAGACUCAGAUAAAAUCCUUCGCCAGUUACUGGGGAAAGAAAUUUCAGAGAAUGUCUGUACCCAGGAAAAGCUGUCCUUGGAAUUCCAGGAUGCUCAGGCUUCCUCAAGGAAUAUGAAGAAGAUUCCACCAGAGAAGAGAGAACUGAAACUUGCCCGGCUAAGGCAGCUGAUGCAGAGGUCACUGAGCGAGUCUGAUACAGACUCGAACAAUUCUGAGGACCUCAAGAACACUCCUGUGCGAAGGACUGAAAAACCAAGGCCUCAGCCCAUUGUGGAAAGUGUGGAAAGUGCCGAAAGCCUACACCUGAUGAUUAAAAAACAUACUUUGGCCACAGGGCGAAGGUUUCCUUUUAGCAUCAGGGCCUCCAAGUCUGUGGAUGGCCAUAGCCCAUCCCCUACUUCAGAAAGUAGUGAUCUGGACUUAGAAACCCCGUAUACAACAUCUGGGAGUACACCUCAGGGCCAGUCAGCUGGGGAUAUCACACAGUCUACCCCUGACAGUACUACUGCUCAAAAGGUUGCUACUAGCCCCAAAAGUGCCCUCAAGUCUCCAUCUUCCAAGCGCCGAACUUCCCAAAAUUUGAAACUUCGAGUCACCUUUGAGGAGCCAGUGGUGCAGGUGGAGCAAACUGACCUUGAACCUAUUGGGGAAAAGGACAAAGAUCGGGGUAAGGUCCUUCAGCGACUUCCUCCAAAUAAUGAGACAAGUGAUCAACUGAAAAGGCCUUUUGGAACUUUCAGGUCCAUAAUGGAGACACUAAGUGGCAACCAGAACAAUAAUAAUAGUUGUCAGACUGUCAACCAGACCAAGACCUCAUCGACACUGCCCUUUACCUCACUAGGAAGGAAAACUGCAGACGCCAAGGGAAACUCAGUGAGCUCUGCUAGCAAAGGAAAGAAUAAGGCAGCAUAGUGACAUAAAUCGGAAAAUUGAGAAAUCUCAAAGCAAAGAGAGUGUUGAUGAGCCAGAGCUACAGGAACUCUUCUUGUAAUCACACCUCAUCAUGUCUUACUGCUGACCUUUGGACACAGUUGGAAAUCCCUUAAAUAUCCUUUGUGGAAACAGGACCAUAAGAAAUAAUCCUCACCAGCAAAAGAAUGGAUUAUUAGGAUGCCUUAAAUUUGUAGCAGUUAGACUAUAUAAGAAAUCUUUUUUUUACACUAUGUGUAUAUACAACUUGUUUUUAAAGAUGUACGGUUUAAAGGCAUGACUGAACAAGCAAUUUUUUUAAAACCAUGUAAAGGAUACGACAAAACUCUAGAGUGUUCAUCUGACCAUUGAUCCCAUUUUGUUUUCAUCAGGUGCAUGGGUAUAUAAGUAUGUUAAUUGGUCUUCCCUUUCCCAGUGACAUAAAUUGUUUGGGCUCAGGUCCUUCAAGACCAGUGGUUUUAUUUUAUUUUUUGUCAAGUAUAAUUUGUCUGUCAUUUCUAUUUUUUUGUAAAAGGAAAUAAAACAAUGUUAACAGCCAUCUCUAAUCUCUGAGUGCCUCCCUUUCCAAUAAACUUGUAAUAUUUUGAUUUCU